AGUGAGUCUCCGACCACGCCUCAGUCUUCCUUUCUUCUCUACACUGCGUGCUGAUCUCUGUGCCGGCUAACGAACCACGCCGCAAACAUGAUGGGGAGACCGGUUCUCGUGCUCAGCCAGAAUAUGAAAAGAGAGUCUGGCAGGAAGGUCCAGAUAGGAAAUAUUAAUGCAGCUAAGGCUAUAGCAGACGUAAUCAGGACAUGUCUGGGACCAAGAGCUAUGAUGAAGAUGCUGCUGGACCCUAUGGGAGGAAUUGUUAUGACCAAUGAUGGCAAUGCAAUUCUGAGAGAGAUCCAAGUGCAGCACCCUGCUGCCAAGUCUAUGAUUGAGAUCAGCCGCACUCAGGAUGAGGAGGUGGGAGAUGGCACGACUUCUGUCAUUAUCUUGGCUGGAGAGAUGCUGUCAGUGGCUGAGCACUUUCUGGAGCAGCAGAUGCAUCCCACUGUGGUAAUCAGUGCUUACAGGCAGGCUCUGGAUGACAUGCUCAACGUGCUCAAAGAGCUCAGCACUCCAGUCGACACAAAUGAUCGGGAAAUGAUGCUGAAGAUCAUUAACUCAGCAAUUAACACCAAGGCACUGAGCCGCUGGUCAAGCAUGGCUUGUAAUAUUGCGCUGGAUGCCGUGCGCACUGUGGAACUGGAGGAAAAUGGCCGCAAGGAAAUCGAUAUUAAAAAUUAUGCCAAGGUGGAAAAGGUGCCUGGUGGGUUCAUUGAAGACUCAUAUGUGCUGAAGGGGGUUAUGGUAAAUAAAGAUGUAACACACCCCCGCAUGCGCCGUCUCAUCAAAAACCCUCGCAUCGUGCUCCUUGACUGCUCCCUAGAGUACAAGAAGGGUGAGAGUCAGACGGAUAUAGAAAUCACUAAGGAGGAAGACUUUGCCAGAAUCUUGCAGAUAGAGGAAGAAUACAUCCAGCAGAUCUGUGAAGAUAUUGUUCGCCUCAAACCUGACUUGGUCUUUACCGAGAAGGGAAUCUCUGAUCUUGCUCAGCACUAUCUGAUGAAAGCCAACAUCACUGCAAUCCGCCGUGUCCGUAAAACAGACAACAAUCGCAUUGCAAGAGCCUGUGGAGCACGCAUCGCCAGCAGGACCGAUGAGUUACAUGAGGAAGAUGUGGGAACAGGUGCAGGCCUGUUUGAAGUGAAGAAAAUUGGUGAUGAGUAUUUCACCUUUGUCACUGAGUGCAAAGACCCCAAAGCCUGCACUAUCCUGCUGAGAGGAGCCAGCAAGGAGAUCCUGGCGGAGGUUGAGCGUAAUCUACAGGAUGCAAUGCAGGUGUGCCGUAAUAUCCUGCUGGAGCCGUGUCUGCUGCCAGGUGGGGGAGCUGUAGAGAUGGCUGUGUCUCACAGGUUGUUGGAGCGUUCACGAGCCCUCACUGGUGUUGAACAAUGGCCAUACCGUGCCAUGGCCCAGGCACUUGAGGUCAUCCCUCGCACCCUCAUCCAAAACUGUGGAGCCUCCACCAUCCGUGUGCUCACAUCCCUUAGGGCAAAGCACACUCAGGAGGGCAGCGCCUCAUGGGGCGUUAAUGGAGAGACGGGCACUCUGGCAGACAUGUCUGAGCUGGGAAUCUGUGAGCCGCUGGCUGUCAAGGCCCAAACGUACAAGACGGCAGUAGAGACGGCAAUUCUACUCCUGCGUAUCGACGACAUCGUGUCUGGCCACAAGAAGAAGGGAGAGAAUCAAACAGGGGGAGGACAGGGAGCUGAGUAAAAGGAAAUGAAGAAAGCAAGGCUGUGAAAUCAACCACAAGAUGGAUGUCUAGAAUAGCUAACUGAUUUCUGAUCGACUUGCCAUCUACCUGCUUUUAUUCUACCAUUAGCCUUGUUUAUGUAAAGAUUUACUUUGCUGUUCGUUUUCAAGCCCUGUGUGAGGAUUAAUUAAACAGACGUUUAGAUGUUUA